AGUGCCCGCGGGCCUCCAACUAUCAUGCGAUCAUUUUUGAUAUCGCCUUUGAUCGCUCUGUCGUUCGCCGCCUCUGUCUUUGCCGCUCCACCAGUCAAGAACGAUGCGCCCGCUCUUCCGCCCGCGAACUUCGCCCGUGAUGCCGCCUUGAACGUUGCAAGAGAUGCGCCCGAUGCCCCAGCAUCACCUGCAAAAGAUCCCAAAGUCAAGGGCGAGACAAAGAAAGAUUCCGUUACUGACGGUGCAGACUCUGGUCCCAAGGGCACUACCUUCAAUGGUGUCAAUGUCCCGCCCAUCCCCGAACUUAGCGGAACCACCCUCGACCAGGACAUUUCAAAAGGUACCUGGCUGGUUGAGUUCUUCUCACCAUACUGCGGUCAUUGUAAACACUUCGCGCCGACAUGGCAGACCCUCCAUGAAUUCUACUACACUUCCGACCCUCUCCCUGCUUCCAACAAAGACUCGUCCGACUCUCUUAACUCUUUUACUCGCUACUACGAUUUCAAGUUUGCCAAGCUCGACUGUGUCGCUUUUGGUAAUGCAUGCUCGGAUCAUAACAUCAACUCAUUCCCCACCGUUGUUCAAUUCAAGGAUGGUAAAGAGGUGGAUCGUAAGGUUGGUGCCUUACCCAUGAAAGAUGAGGUCAAGUGGAUCGAGUCUAUGCUUGAGGCCAUCAAGCCUGGUUCAAGACAGAAGGACGGCCCCAAACUUCCCAAAGUUGGUGCCACUUCUUCGCCAGAUUUCAAGGGCGCUGCUAUCGUUGGCCCUGCUAAGGAAGCUGAUGCUAUCGCUGAAGCUACCAAGUCUACCACUUCCACCACCUCGACCAAAUCUUUGCUCAAGGCCACCAAGAUUGCCAAAGAGACUCCCAACCCUGCUGGGACUUCCGUCCCCCUGACUGCCGAAACUUUCCAGCAAAAGGUCACGACCACCCACGAUCCCUGGUUUAUCAAGUUCUACGCACCUUGGUGUCAUCAUUGUCAAGCCAUGGCUCCUAGCUGGCACGCUAUGGCCCGCGACAUGAAGAACAAGUUGAAUAUCGGCGAGGUCAAUUGCGAGGUUGAGCGUCGUCUUUGUAAGGAUGUCAACGUCAAGGGUUAUCCCACUUUGGUUUAUUUCCAGGCUGGUGAGCGCAUUGAAUACGAGGGUCUCCGUGGUCUUGGAGACCUUAUCAGCUAUGCAAACAAGGCCGUCUCGGCUGGUGACGGCGUUGUUGAUGUCGAUGCUGCUGCGUUUGAGGCCCUCGAGAAGGAAGAAGAGGUUAUCUUCCUCUAUUUCUAUGACCACGCCACCACCAGCGAGGACUUCCAAGCUUUGGAGCGACUGUUGCUGAGUUUGAUUGGUCACGCCAAGCUGGUCAAGACCAAGGAUCCCGCUCUUUCCGCUAGAUACAAGAUUUCAACUUGGCCUCGCUUGAUCGUGUCUAGGGAUGGCAAGCCAACUUACUACACACCACUGUCUCCUAGAGAUAUGCGCGAUUUCCGCAAAGUCUUGGGAUGGAUGCAAGCCAACUGGCUGCCGAUUGUGCCUGAGCUGACAUCCUCGAACGCUCGUGACAUUAUGGAUCACAGACUCGUUGUGCUGGCUAUCUUGAGCCGUGAGCGUAAGGAGGAUUUCGUCAUCGCGAAGCGUGAACUCAAGAGCGCUGCAUUGGAAUGGAUCGACAAGGAGAUUCAGGCUUUCCAGCUGGAAAGACAGGAGUAUCGCGAUGCCAAGCAGCUACGUAUCGAGGAGGCCGAAGACCGCAACGACCAGCGUGGGCUGCGGGCAGCCAAGCAAAUCAGAAUCGAUAUGAACGAGAUUGACCGAAAAGAGGUUGGAUUUGCGUGGGUCGAUGGUGUGUUCUGGGAGCGCUGGCUCAAGACAACAUUCGGUAUCGAUGUCAAGGACGGAGAGAAGGUCGUCAUCAACGACGAAGACGUGAGUUUUGAANACCAACGCUACUGGGAUCUCACAUCGACUGGCAACCCGAUCGUGCCAUCUCGUGUGUCAAUCCUCGAGACGCUACCCAAAGUGGUUGCAUCCCCACCGAAAAUCAGCCCCAAGCAUAAGAACUCGUUCUUUGGGCAUUUGAUCUGGACAGUUCGUAGUGGCAUGUCUGCACACCCUCUGAUAACACUGGGGUUGGUGAUCGGCAUGCUCAUUGGAGCCAGCAUCUGGGGCAGAGGAUUGAUCAGAAGAGGAAAGGCGUUUGGCAGCACAGGGUCUUUCUUCACCGUGGGAGGCAACGAGAAGGACGGAUUAUUAGGUGGAGCUGCCACUGGAGGCAAGGUGGAUUGA